CUUCAGAUAUCCUCACUCGGUGAUCGUUUAAAACCUCCGAAAGACGAUGCCGAAGUCUACGCAACCAUCGCAUCACUUCGUUCAUUCAACGUACAUCGCCUUUCGGAGACAUCCAUGCGCUCGGCCGAGCCCCUUCUCACGAUCGUGAAGCCGCAACAAUCACGGCGCAACAGUCUUGGACUUCUCCUGAUCCUCGGAACCUGCAAUUCCGCUCUGCAUGGAGAGGAGCGCUCGGCGACAACGAACGCGACCUGGGCCCUCGGCUACGACUACGCAAUAAUUCUCCAGAACACCGGCGACCGCUCAGGCUGGAAGUGAUCCUAGAUCUCGAAUCGAACAUCACCACCCAUGCCGCCUUACAGAUACCAGGUCGGGCAAGGUGAUCAGCGGAACAAGCUCGCCAGCUCCUACCAGUCACUCCUUUCCGAAUUCUCCUCGCCGGAGCUCACCAACGUCGGUAAUUACAGCAUUGGCAAACUGAUCGGCAAGGGCAGCUUCGGCAAGGUCUAUCUCGCAUCGCAUACCCUCACGAAUGGCUCCAAAGUCGUAUUGAAGAGCGCCAACAAAGACGAUGCCAACCUGGCGCGCGAGAUCCACCAUCAUCGCCAAUUCCUACAUCCGCACAUCGCACGACUAUAUGAGGUGAUUGUCACAGAGACUCUGGUGUGGCUAGUGUUGGAAUACUGUCCCGGAGAUGAGCUAUACAACCACCUUCUGAACAAUGGCCGUAUGGAACCGGCCAAGGUGCAGAAGAUAUUCACACAAUUGGUCGGAGCGGUUUCAUAUGUCCAUGGGAAGAGCUGCGUGCAUCGGGACUUGAAAUUGGAGAACAUCUUGCUAGACAAACAUGGCAACGUCAAAUUGGUCGAUUUCGGUUUCACCAGGGAAUACCAGGGCUCGACCAGCUACUUACAAACAUGGUGUGGGACCAUCUGCUACAGCGCACCCGAGAUGAUCAAGGGCGAGAAAUAUGCGGGAGAAAAGGUGGAUGUAUGGAGUUUGGGCAUCAUUUUAUACGCGCUGCUGUGCGGCGAGCUCCCUUUUGACGACGACGAUGAUUCAACGACGAAAACGGCCAUCUUGAAGACCGAUCCGGUCUAUCCCGACCAUUUGCCUCAACCCGCAGUGGACCUCAUCAAAAAGCUGCUUUCCAAACGACCAUUACUUCGGCCUUCCCUAGGAGACAUCCUGAAAGACCCGUGGCUGGCUGAACAUGCGCCGCAGCAGCAGGAAGUGUUGAAGCUCCAACAGCCGCCACCAUUCACAACAGACCUAGAAAAGGAUGUACUCGAGCGAAUGCGGAGUGCUGGAGUAGAUAUCGACAUGGUGAUCGAGAACGUUUUAUCGCAACGCUGUGAUGGCCUGGCGGGCUGGAGCAACGCAAAGAACGCCGAAGAGAGCGAAAACGACGUGAGCGUGAAGCGGAUGCCAAAUCUCUCCGUCGCCUCAGUGCAGCUAGCAGUCGCCUUCUUGCACUUGGUGAGAUCUACGAGGUGGAAGAAGGCAUGGUCCCUCGAUCCCCGCGAACAAGAGGUCGACCGCUGA